UCCUGCGAGGCCACCGUCUGAGAUAGUCAACUAACUGCAGCACGAGUCUCAUGUCAUCGUUGGACUUGAUGAAAAAAGGGUGUUUCGCAUCUGGGACCCCGUCCUCGGCUUCUCUCAAAAGAAGAUUCUUAAAGAAUAGGAAGAUCGCUCCGGCGCAUCAGGAUGGGGACAGCUACUGUCAGCUGUGCAGGUGUUCCAUCUCUUCUCUGUCUGGCAGUAGUCGCACUGUUCGGCGAAUUCUGACAGCCUGCCUCCUCUCUUUCCUGGCCUUGCUUGGCUCUGUAUCCACUGACCUCAACUCCAACUUUGAAUUGCUGCACACUACAGAGGCCGCUUACGACGAGCUGACUUCAUGCAGGACAAUAGCUAUCCUGCAACUCGUCAGUAAGCUUCAAAAGAUGAGACGUUUAUUUACCAAACACACAGGCAAUGAGACUUUGGAAGCUAGUUUUUCAGAGGUUGUGUUUCCUGUGUUUGGUCAUCUCUGUGGUGAACUGGCAAGUCACAGUAACAGCUAUGGGCUCUCUUGCAGUGUUGAGUUGGUGGGAUUUUGCCAUGAGAUGAGGAGGAGCGUUCAGGGAUUACUAAAUGCUUCACUGGAUACAAACAGCAUAAGCGAAAAUGGUACUUCUGCUUUCUCCCUGGUCAUUGGAAGACUUCUUGACAUCUGGGGUACUGUAGAAGAUACUUUAGUCAAAGUCAAACAGAAUUCUAAGUGGAGAGAUGUACUGUCUGCAAGACUUCUGGUAACAUUCAUAGAGCUCAACCACCAGUUGAUGGAGUUACCCAACAUAGCAACUCACACUGACUUUCAGUAUAAGUGGACUUAUGUACUAAGCUACCUCGCUUUUGCCAAGGUUUUGACAGAACAACUGAAUGUAUGCUGGUUAGAGCACAUAGACCUCAAGUUAAAUUCAAGCCAGCAUGCAAAACAUUCUUAUAUUUUUGACACAAGUCUUUGGCAGAUCUCUGGAGCAGGAACACUGCUUCUGUCUGGGUCUCCCAUUGGAAUUCAAGCUCUGACAAACACCCAGCAGUGCUUGUUUGAUAGUGCAGUGCCUGCUCUCAGGUUGGCAUCACGAUCUGUGUCUUCGGGCCUCAGUAUGAAGAUAUGCCUGCUGGCCAUAGCCUGUCUCAUCUAUCCGGUGGUCAUGUUCUCUUUCAAGCAGAUGACUGAGUGGAUACAGAACUACGCCCAGAGCUUGAAGGAGAAGACUGAGGACCUGAAGCGCCAGAGGCAGCUGGCUGAAGAUCUGCUGCACCAAAUGCUGCCCAAGUCAGUUGCCAAGCAGCUCCGCCAACAUAAACAUGUCGAGGCCGAGAGCUAUGAAAUGGUGACCAUUUUUUUCUCAGACAUUGUGGGAUUCACUUCUAUUUCUGCGUCCUGUCCUCCCUUGCAAGUGGUGGAGAUGCUCAACAACCUCUACAUGUGUUUUGAUACACGCAUUGACUCAUAUGAUGUCUACAAGGUGGAGACAAUUGGGGAUGCAUACAUGGUGGUGAGCGGUCUGCCUGAGAGGAAUGGGGACAGACAUGCUGAUGAGAUUGCCAAAAUGGCGCUGGAUCUGGUAGCAGCCGUCAGACAGGUCGCCAUCCCUCACAUGCCCAACCAGAGACUGCAGCUCCGAGCCGGCAUCCACACAGGUCCAUGUGUGGCGGGAAUAGUGGGCUACAAGAUGCCAAGAUACUGUCUGUUUGGAGACACUGUCAACACAGCCUCUAGAAUGGAGUCCACCAGCCUGCCUCAGAGAAUCCACACCAGUUCAAAUACCUACUUGGCUCUGAUCAAAGACAACGCCUAUGAGCUCCAGCUCCGUGGAGAGAUUGAAGUUAAGGGUAAAGGAAAAAUGAACACAUACUGGCUGAUUGGCCAUAAGAACUACAGUGUCCAGAAUGACAGUCUGGUUUGCCACUGGAAUCCCAACAUGGCCAGAAAGAAGAGGACAGUGGCAGGCAGUGAGGUCUCUGUGAGCACUUCAUCAGUGACAGUGCAGAGCCUCAGUGAGAACACCACGACCCCAGUCUCCCUUCCCUCCUCAGUGUUGAACCAAAUUCCACCACAGCCUCGGACAGACAUCACUGGCCUGAGCGUGACAGCACAGAUGGAGCCCUACGGCAGCAGCUACGGUACCCUGGGCUCCAUGAUCGGGGGGCUGCAGGGAGAUGAGAGCCCUCUACCCAGCCAGCAUAGGGGCAGCAAUGGGCACAAACCUGACCUGCUGCCUGGCUCAGUCCAAGUGUAACCAGCUCAGGACUUCAGUUACCAU